CAAAGCGAGACCCCGCCCCCAUUGGACUGGUAGCACCAAAGCAUCCCCUCCUGCUCUCCAACGCGGCGAAGUCCUCGAUCCAAACAAAAAUGAUAGGCCCCUCGUUAAGCCCCCAUGUUAGGCAACAUCCAGGAACCUGACUCAAUACUCCUCGCCGAGCUUGUAGUCGCCUAUAAGAGAAAAGCAAACCGGACCGGCUAAGGCUUUCUACGAGGUACAAUCUCGAGAGAUAUCACCAUGGCUAAACUGGCUCAGACGAUUACUGCUCCCAACAGCGUUCAAUACGAGCAGCCGACGGGGUUGUUCAUAAACAAUCACUGGGUUGAAUCAUCCAACAGGCAGACAAUAACAUCUAUUAACCCUGCAACUGAGCAGGAAAUCGUCCUUGUCUCCGCCGCGACUGCCGACGACGUUGACGCGGCCGUUCGGGCUGCGCGAUCUGCAUUCGAGAGUGAUGCCUGGCAAGCCCUCACAUCUACUGCGCGUGGAUCAUUGCUGCUGAAGCUUGCCGAUCUGGUUGAGAGCCACCAAGAAGUUCUCGCUACAAUCGAGACUACGGACAACGGGAAGCCAUUCUCAAGUGCACUCGGUGACGUGGAAGAGGUUGUCAGUGUUUUUCGGUAUUACGGCGGAUGGGCCGACAAGCAACACGGGCAGACUAUUGCUGCCUCCCGCACAAAGUUUGCUUACACGCUGCGCGAGCCAAUUGGUGUGUGUGGUCAGAUAAUACCGUGGAAUUAUCCUAUUGCCAUGGCCAGCUGGAAGCUCGGUCCUGCUUUGGCAUGCGGCAACACGGUCGUAAUCAAGGCUGCGGAAGCGACUCCCCUGUCAAUACUCUAUCUGGCCAACUUGGUAGCCGAGGCCGGCUUCCCGCCUGGUGUGGUGAACAUCAUCAAUGGUUACGGAGCAGAAGCCGGCUCUGCUUUGGUAGCGCAUCCAGAUGUGGACAAGAUAGCAUUCACUGGCAGCACUCUGGUCGGGAAACAAAUUAUGAAACUGGCCAGUACUGGUCUCAAAAACAUCACCCUGGAGACCGGCGGCAAGAGCCCUAUCUUGAUCUUCGACGACGCCCAGCUAGAGAAUGCGGUCAAAUGGGCACAUUACGGCGUCAUGGGUAAUAUGGGACAGAUAUGCACUGCAACAGCCCGCAUCCUUGUUCACGAAAAUAUAUACACGGCCUUCGUUGGAAGAUUCCUUGAAUAUCUUGCGAAGGUCUCAAUCAUUGGAGACCCUUUCGAGACUGAAACAUACCACGGCCCCCAGGUGUCGCGGCAACAGUUUGAGAAAAUCCUAGGAUACGUGCAGAGUGCCAAGGAUGAGGGCGCUACAGUUCUUACUGGGGGAGCAGUCGCCGACAGCCGCCCUGGUAACAGGGGUUUCUAUAUCGCGCCAACCGUCUUGGGUAACGUGCAGGAACAUAUGAAGGUAUACAGGGAGGAAGUAUUCGGUCCUGUUGCGACGCUCGUCCGAUUCAGUUCGGAGGACGAGGCAAUCCGGAUGUCGAACGAUACUGAGUACGGUCUCGCUGCUGCACUUUGUACAAGCGAGGUGACUCGCACCCAUCGAGUCGCAGGGAAGCUUAGGGCCGGCACUGUCUGGAUUAACUCAAACCAGAAUACCGAUAUACGGGUUCCCUUUGGCGGGUUCAAGCAGAGUGGGAUUGGCUAUGAGCUGGGGCAGAUGGGCCUGGAUGCUUACUCAAAUCUCAAGGCCGUUCAUGUCAACCUGGCGCUGCAGUCGUCUUUAUAGCCGCGCCUGCGAGGGCUAAUGGACUUGGAUUAUUCGGUUCUCUCUGCCAUACCCUAGAGAGUCUGGACAAGACAUUGGGGUACCUAUCGACGUGGACCAGCGGGUGAAGUGCUGAACAUGCUAAAGACACUGACAGUUUUCUCUUGGUGACUUUGUUUCCUUGUAUUCAAACUUGGCCCAUAUCUUUCUUACACCAUAUGAAUAAACAAUCAAAAUUUAUUUUACCU